CUUUUUCAGCAGCAGCCGCAUAUGCGGCUUAAUAGGAGGGGCUGUGGACGAACUUGGUGUAGGGCAGUGCCUAAAGUAGCCCGCAUAGCGCGGAGCUCGUCCUGAAGCCACAGAGCAGCUCUCGAGAUUCUCUGCGUCUCCUACAAAUCUUCAGACUGCUCAGUCAUGAUUUAAUCCAGCCUGUUGGCAAUCGAUUUUCGCAAGAGAAGUCUGAUGUACAUUUGCCCCCCAGAGCGCAGCUUUCGAAUCACAACCCCAGAAACGCUCUCAAUAAAGUCAACAGCUUCCCACGCACAUCCCCAAGCAUUGUCUCACGCUUGAGCUUCAACCUAAUCUUUCUCAAUUUGCGCGCAGCGGCGCUGAAACCAGGACACUUUCCUCUCAGACCAUACGUGGCUCCCAUCUUCCGCACAAUGCAUCAAACAAUUGCGACAUUUAGUGCUGUGCUUCUGCUCACAGGCCUUGGUCUGGUGACUGCUCAGGGGAAUGGGGGGCCAGGUGGCGGUGCAGGUAUGAUGGGAAGGACUGCGGGCAACAACACCAAUCCGCUGUGUGGUACCACCGCCAAUGCUCCCUCUGUCAACCACACCAUACAAGGAGGGGUCAGAUACUUCCAAUCGAAUGGUUGUCCCCCAACCAACUGGACUGACCACAACUACCCUGCACCAAACGGAAUGACAUACGGACAGGCUCGGUCUUAUAACUUUCCAGUUAUCGUUAACCAGACCCCAGUUCUCCAAGCAAACAUAAGCGAUGCUCUCUACGUGGGGAUCUCAAACCCAGUCAAGGGGCCGAUUGGGAUCACGCUUACUGGAGUAGCGCUGUACAGCGCCGUGGAUGCACUCAAUCGUGACGCUAUCAUCUACGAGGGCCGUACGUUCGACACGUGUGGCGGCCACAGCACGCCCGACCCCGUCAACACCUACCACUACCACUCCAUGCCGGGUGACUCAUCAACCAUUUCUCACAACGGCACCCGCAACUCCAACUUCACGUACUGCCCCGCCAUGCAAAGCUGGCUGCUCCCGGUUAACACCACCAACAACCACUCGGCGCUCUUUGGCGUCUUCGUCGACGGAGUGCCGAUCUAUGGUCCUCUGGGAGACGGCGGCAAACUUCCGACCGAUCUGGACGCCUGCAACGGCCACGUGGACGCCUCUCAUUCGUUCUACCACUACCACGCCACCAGCGACUACCCCUACCUGGUCGACUGCCUGCGGGGCUGUAUUAACUCCACGCUCUCGUACAUCCAGGGGGCAACAAUACCGGCUUGCAAGCCGGCCGCUCAGCAAUACAACUACUCAAGUCUCGAUGCGGAGAUCACGGCGCGUCUUGAGCAUGUGGGAGUGAUCAACGGAACCAUGGUCAACGGAACCGUGGUUAACGGGACCAUGGUUCUUCUCUAGCGAGAGCCGUUCGAGGAACGAAAAGGGAGUAGCCCUUUCGCAUGUGUUGUCAAACGAGAGGAUUGAACGCCGCUCACAGCAGCGAGCGGUGGCUCGUCAAAGUUGUGUGGUUCACUUUUGUAGAUUUGCUUGUAGUACCGUAAUUUAUAUGCCACAUGAGUGGUCUAUUUGCUAAAAGUAGCUUACAUUCAAAUCACUGAAAGCUAGUUUUAAUGAUGAGCCAGCAAUGUUUGGCUGAUCGAUAAAUAAAACGUGUGGGGCUCAACGGUGGGUUAGCUGGCGCUAGACCUUGUCGGCGUAAGAAGCCAAUGCUUGACUGGAAGCUGCUGAUUCACGAGUGUUUCUUAGUAUCAUAGGAUACUGUAGUCGAUGAUACUGUUAUAAGCCAUGUUUGCAAGGCCCUCAAAGACAAGGUGCUUAGGACACGUUUCC